AUGAAACUUAUUUGUAGCAGCAACAGUAUGUUAAUUGUUAAUUCUCUUCCACAAACACAUGUAAUUAAACAAAUGACAGCACCAAUUGAUAAUGAUAAGUCUUCGAAUUUACAAGUAUCAGAAUCAAUAAUUGAUAAUAAUCAUAAUUCAAUCUCUGCGAUCAAGAUUCCACUUGUAUCAUCUCGUCCAAUUUUAGCCGUCUCACAAAAUCAUAUUCUAGUUAAUGAAUAUACAAAUAAAAGAAAACGACUGGUUCUUAUUAAUGAACAUUUGCAAAUAGAUUUUAUAAAUUCUCCCAUAAAACAAAAUAUUAUAGAUGCUCUAUGGAAUGAUGUUGAAAAAAAAUUUUUCUUACUUACAGAAACAAACAUUUUUACCUUUAAUCCAAAUACAAAGGUUAUCGAGUCAAUAUCCAAUAUAAGAUCAAAGGACAUAAAACCAUUCAAAUGUUUUACGAUAUCCAAUAAUCAAUCAUCAUUAUUAAUUGCAUAUGAUGAAUGGGAACCAAAAUUUAUAGAUAGAUGGCAAAAAACUAAUGAAAAUAAUCUUUGGAUAUUAAGCAAAAGACAUUCAUUGAAUUUAACUAAUAAUGAAUUUAUUGGUAUAAUUUUAGCAAUCAAUCAAGAUGAUUGUUCAAAUCUUGCGAUGACAAUUUAUAAUAAUCUCACUGAACAAUGGCGUAUGGAAUUACGACAUAUAGAAACAUUGAUAUGUUUUAAAAAAAUUUUACUUCCUGGAUCAGAUUUCAUAGAUGAUUAUAGAAUGAUUUCUAUGAAUAAUGUUACAUUAGAUAUUAAAUGGCUAAUACAUUCAUCAGCUAAUAGCAAAAUAAUGGCAAUUGAUUCAAAAUGGAAUAUAAUACCUAUAAAUUAUGAUGUUCCAGUAUAUAGAAUGAUACAAUUUAAAGAAAAUAAUUUAAUUAUACGAACAAAAAAUCGAAUUGACAUUCAUUUUUUUAUUUAA